GCCUACCGUUCUUCUCCUUUCCGGAAUGGAAAUGGCAGAAACAUAUUCUAGCAGUGACGGUACAGAAUCAGUGGGACUGGGAGAGGGUGGACUUUCUAUUAUCAAGAGUUCAGUGAUCAAAUCUUCGACAUGGACGGGAAAGAAGUUCUCUUCAUGAGCAAAGGAGAUGGAGAACAUAGCUACGCUCAGACCUCCACCUUUACGCAAAAAGUUGCGUCUUUGGCCAAGCCCACGAUAGCGAGUACAGUUGAUUCUUUACUUGAAGAAGGUUUCUUCCUGUGCGAGCUUCUAAACGUGGCUGAUUUAGGCUGUGCUCUGGGUCCUAGCACGGAAACUUUCAUGUCGACCGUUAUAGAGAGUGUGCAGAAAAAGUGUGCACACUCGAACUGCUCGAUGCCCGAAUUCCAACUUUAUCUGGAUGAUCUUCUUGGGAAUGAUUUCAAUACAUUGUUCAAAAGCUUGUCCAACUUCUCGCAAAACUAUGAAAGCUUAUCGUGCUGUAUAAUGGGAGCUCCAGGUUCUUUCCAUAGAAGGCUCUUCCCUAGAAACUGCUUGCACCUCGCAAAUUCCUCCUAUGGCGUCCAUUGGCUAUCUCAGGUACCAAAUCUCAUGAGCGAAGAAGGCUUCCCGUUGAACAAGGGAAGGAUCUACAUUUCUAAGACCAACCCCAGCGUGGCAAAGGAGGCCUACUUGGCUCAGUUCCGAGCAGAUUUCUCGACAUUUUGGAAGUGCCGUGGUGAAGAGAUGGUCGAUAACGGUCGCCUCGUGUUGAUACUUAAUGGGAGGGAAGAUAAGGACUCUGCGAGCACAGACGGCUACUUCUUUUGGGAAAAACUUGGAGAGGCAAUUGCUGAUUUGGUUUCAGAGGGAGGGUUUGUCAAGGAAGACAAACUAGACACCUUAAACGUGCCGUAUCACACGGCAUCUUCAGAGGAAGUUCGAAGCAUAGUCGAUGAAGAAGGGUCCUUCGAGAUCGAAUAUCUGGAGAUAAUGGGGAUCGAUAGAACCUUGCCGGACGAGGAUCCUCAUAGCAGAGGAAGGAAGAUGGCUAAAGAUGCCAGAUCGUUCACCGGUUCCAUAAUCUCGUACCAUCUUGGCGAGGGCAUCAUGGACAAGCUCUAUGGCGAAAAGCUUCCCAUUAUCAUAGGUGAUGAUUUGGCUAAGGGAAGAAGGAAGGGAAUUAGCUUAGUUCUUGUGCUCAAAAAGCAUGUCCCAUGACUCAUUAAGUGUUCAUCUCCAUUAUGAAAGACGAUGACAAUUUUCGUGAAUUCAUUCUUAAGUGUGUGUUUGUUUUGCUGAAAAUUUCAUGAUAAAGGAAAAUAUUUUCCAUGGAAAUUCGUUUCAUUUGUUAGGUGAUUUAGGGAAAAUGAUUUCCUUCUUACUAAAAAGGAAGUCAUUUGCCCCUAAUCUAAGCUUGUUGUUUACAGUCCAUGAAAAGCGUUUUAUAUAAAUCGAUUAGUUUUCCGUCAUCCGAACACCAGAAAGUCAGAAGUUUCCCGAAAAUAGUUUUCUUU